CAGUGUGUUCACUUGUGAAAUCUAUAUCUAUAUACAUAUACACAUAGAGAGAGAGUGUAGAGAGAGACAGAUGGACGGUAGGGGAUCGUGCUGUAUUGCACGGUACACUGGCGGUGCGUACGAUUUGUCGAAAGUAAACCGUAUAAUGCUCAGAUUCCGGCCUAUCGCGCCGAAGCCAGCCACCAGUGGGUCAGUUUCCGGCGGUUCCACGCCGGAGAAAAACGAAGUGUACGUCAAGAAUGGUCGACCUAAAAGAAGGUACGUUAGACACACCAACAACAACAACAACAAAAGCAAAAGACGUUACAACAGAAAAAGAAAUAGCUCGCCGAAGGAACCUGACACACCCAGUGACAAAAUCAGUGGUGGGUCAGAUUCCGGCCGCGAGACUAUCGUGACACUGCCCUUGUUGCCGGAGACACCCGACCCGAAAGAGAUUUCCGGUAUUGGGCCUCCGAGUAAUACACCGAUCUGGUUGAACUUGAACGGAAACGAUAGUCACGUGACGCUUGGGGUUGGUCACGUGACCGUGGGUUUGGAUCGGACGGUGUGGAUGUCGACGGUGACGGUGGAAAGGGUGACGGACACGUGGGUGGGCGGCGGCGAUGUGCUGGGGAACUGUACGGACGAGGAGAGGAGGAUGAAUCUGGAGAGGGACACGUGUCCGGGGUUCAUAUCGGACGGCUUGGAUGGGGUGGUGUGGACGAACGGUGCGUACAGGGAGAUGGUUGGCCAGGGCGGGAUCGUGCGGUUGGUGAUGGAGGAGAGGGUGGCUGUGAUAUGGAGGGCGUUUACGUGCAGGGUGAGGGUAGAGUAUUGCGACAACAUGACCAUGGAGGAGAAGGUGAGGGUGUUGAGGAUGCCUUGUGAUGCGUGGAGGAUGGAGGGUGGAGGAUUUGCAUGGAGGUUGGAUGUCAAGGCUGCUCUCAGUUUGGGUUGGUGAAACCGAUCUCACCUGAUCAAAACUCACCGAGUGUGUAUAUAUAUCUAUAUAAUAUCUAUAUAUGUGCGUACGUGUAAUAACAUGGAUGAUGAAGUGCUUUAAUUGUUAAUAUUUUUGGAGACCCAUGGAUGGGUCCAUUUUGUUUUUGAAUUUAUAUCACCAACUCUUUGCUCU